AUGGGGGAGGGAGGAGAUGACAACUUUGAUGGUGUGAGCAUAGACCGCCUUAAACUGGAGUUGCUGGAAGAAAUCCACAUGAAGGAUGUAGUGCAACUGUCAUUGCUUGAAAUAAGACACAAGAUAGCAGAAAUGGAAGCCAAACUCAAUAGUGAUAAUGAAGGUAGUGAAUGGAAAGCUCGUUAUGAGACCCAACUCGAACUUAAUGGUCAAUUAGAAAAGCAAAUUAGGUCUCUUGAAGAAAAAAUGGAAAAAUGCCGUGUAAAUCCUUCAGAUAGACUAUCUUCUAUUCGUGUCUAUGAACGAAUGUCAGUGGAAUCUUUGAAUGCAUUACUUAAGCAGCUAGAAAAAGAGAAAAGGUAUCUUGAAAAUCAAGUGAAAGAAUAUGCACUUCGACUAGACCAAGAAACAAAGUCUUACCACAGAACCAACAAUGAACGCCGUGUAUAUGUAGCUGAAAUGUCCCAGGUUGUUGGCUCUCAUCAAAUUUUUAAAAGGCAACAGAUGGAUCAACUGCCUAAAAUGAAAGAGAAUCUAGUAAAAACGGGAAGAUUCAAUCCAGUUAACCAGAAGAUAAUGAUUGUCAAGAAAGGACCAGUAAAAAAGAUCACAAGAUCAAACCAUCUUCCAAAACUCCACCCAUAA